UUUCGGUCAUUCCGUUUUCCACCGAUUAAGAAUACGAACAACAAACAGUCCUAAACCCUCCCUCACCUCUUCACAAAACCCUCUUUCUUCUUUAAGAAUCCUUUUCAUUCUCCACUCUUUCCUUCAAAUCGUUCUCAACAUAUAAUUGAAACUGACUUUUUUUUUUCUUCUCUUUCUUUUGCAUAUUGCAUUAAAUCCAACAAUAAAUUCUUAGGUGGUAUUUAAUUUGCUUACGUAAGGUCAAAUUUUUGUUUUCUUCCCAUCCUUUUACACUUAUUCAUAAACAUUUGUCGAUUACAAAAGCAACAGGAAUGGGGAUUUUGUGAUUUGGGCAUUCUGGGUUUCUUGAAUUCGGUGUUUUUCGCAAGUAUUCUAAGAUUCUUAAAGGGUUUUGAUAUCGAAUCAUGGUGUCUUUUAAGGGUCUUUUUACAAAGAAGACAUUGUUCGCCCUUUUUCUCGGGCAGAUUCUCUCCCUUUUUAUCACUUCAACUGGGUUUACAUCAUCUGAGCUUGCUAGAAGAGGAAUCAAUGCACCAACAUCACAGUCUUUAGCAAACUAUGUGUUGUUGGCGAUUGUUUAUGGUGGGAUUUUGAUUUUCAGGAGACAUGAGAUGAAAGCAAAAUGGUAUUAUUACUUACUUCUUGGACUUAUAGACGUGGAAGCAAAUUAUCUUGUGGUGAAGGCAUAUCAAUACACGUCAUUAACGAGUGUUAUGCUGUUGGAUUGUUGGUCAAUCCCAUCAGUCAUAAUCCUGACGUGGCUCUUCUUGAAAACAAACUACAAAUUCAAGAAAAUUGCGGGUGUUGUCAUUUGUGUUGCGGGUCUUGUGCUUGUUAUUUUUUCAGAUGUGCAUGCAGCAGAUCGUUCACAGAGUGGGAGCAAUCCUAUUAAAGGGGAUUUGUUGGUUAUUGCUGGAGCUACACUUUAUGCUGUCUGCAAUGUUAGUGAGGAGUUUUUUGUGAAAACAGCUGAUCGAGUUGAACUCAUGGCAAUGUUGGGUCUCUUUGGUGCCAUUUUCAGUGGUAUUCAAAUAAGCGUACUUGAGCGUGAGGAACUAAAAUCCAUCCGUUGGUCAUCAGGAGCGGUGCUUCCUUAUGCUGGAUUUGCAGCAGCAAUGUUUCUAUUUUACUCAGGUGUGCCAAUCCUGUUAAAGAUUAGUGGGUCCACAAUGCUAAAUCUGUCUUUGUUGACGUCAGACAUGUGGUCAGUUUUGAUACGUAUCUUUUUGUAUCAUGAAAAGGUCGAUUGGAUGUACUUUUUAGCUUUUGCUGCUGUUGCUGUUGGGCUUGUUGUUUAUUCAGCGUUUGAUAAGGAAGAAGACAAAAGCCAUGGUGAUGAGGAAGCUGGUGUAUAAGAGAUUUGAUAUGAAAUUUUUUUAUUUUUUUAGGUUGAAGUAAAGUUAGACAGGUCUCUCUUAAUUGUGAAGUUUUUUUGGUAGUGAUAUUGUACAAUCGAUGAAAAUGGUAUCUUUGGUUUUGAAAUUUUUGUAGUUUUAAUGUUUGAAUCUAAUUUUUAAUGAGCUUAGAAGGCUUUA